AUGGCUCGGAUAACAUCACUCCAACUGCUUCCAGUGCUUUUUGCACUCCUGAAUGUAGCUGAUGCGCAGAGGAAACGCAAUUUUGUCCUCGAAGUCGAUGAAUUGAUGGACAACGUCAAGAUUGAACAUCGCGGCCAUCGCGGACUCCGACACGAAAAGCCCUUCCACAGAGCCCUUGAUGGGCACAUGGAAAUGGGAAAAGACACCGGCAAAGGUAUGGCUGGAAAGGGAAAGAUGAAGAUGGGCAAAUCGAACAAGAAGGGUUCGUACGACUCCAAGGAGAGCGAACUUUCCUCCAAGAAGAUGAGCAAGAAGACCUCCAGUAAGUCGAGCAAGAAGGGCUCCAAGAGACGGGGUAUGGAAGAUCCUAUGAUGCCCGAACCUCCAAUGGACAUGGAUAUGGGCAUGGAUAUGGGCAUGGAUAUGCCAACCAUGCCUGAACCUGCUACUCCUGUUCCUGUGGUUCCAGUGGUACCUGUCCCUCCAAUGGAAGACGAGGAAGACACCCCAAUGAUUCCACCUCCAGUGAUUGUUGCACCCCCAGUCGAUUCGCCUCCGAUGGAAGACGUUCCAGCAACGCCUGUUCCUCCAGUCUUUGUUCCAGUUUCCCCUCCUCCACCAGUGCAAGAAAAUCCGCGGACGCCUGACCCUCCCAUGGUCAUUCCUGUUCCAGUUACACCUGAACCUCCAAUGGUCAUUCCUGUUCCAGUUACACCUGACACUACCCCUGACACUCCCAUUGUGAUUCCACCUCCCAUGAUUGUGCCAGUUCCAGGAGGCACACCUUUUGUUCCCAUUCCAGUUCCAGUGCAAAGCAUUGCUAUUGUCAGUCAGAAUGAACCAGCUGUCUCCUUUGACAUGGACAUGGACAUUAGCUUUGACAUGAGCAUGUCCAUGCCUAUUGCUCCUCCUGUUCCUUCUCCUGUUCCAUCCCCUACUCGCAGACCCACUACUCCUACACCACCCAUGACACCAGCUCCAGUGCCCACCACGGAAGCACCAAUCUCGACUCCUCCUACCAUUUUGAAGGAUUGCGAUACUUUGUCUCGCGAAGGAGCCAUGCUUACCAUUUUGGUGCAGAUCACCGAAGGACCCAUCAUUGCCAACCCAGGAACUCCUCAAGGAAUGGCCUUUCGCUGGUUGCUCAAUGACGAUCCUGCCCAGAUUGAUCCAUGCACAUACAUUACUCUUACCCAACGUUAUGCUCUUGCCACUAUGUACUAUUCUACCUUUGGUGCCGACUGGAAUACCAACACUGGAUGGCUCAGUGGCAGUAACGAAUGUUCUUGGUUUGGAGUCACCUGCGACGGAGAGGGCUUUGUUUCCGAAGUCAGACUCGACGGCAAUGGACUUGUCGGAGACAUUCCUCCUGAAAUCAAGGUCUUUUCCGAGAUUACCAUCUUUCGCACUCGCACCAAUGCUUUGAGUGGUCCCAUUCCAAAUGUGUUGACCUCCAUGACCAAGUUGGUCACCUUUGAUGUGGAAGACAAUGACCUCACUGGACCACCAGUCGUGGACUUGACUGGUCUUACCUCGUUGCAACGAUACCGUGCCUCUGAGAAUCGCUUGUCCGGAUCUAUUUCCGAUACCGUUUCGGAAGCUAGUGCCCUUCAACAGCUAUGGUUGGCAGACAACUUGAUUUCCGGAACCAUGCCUACCACUCUUGGUCUUCUAACCAACAUGGAAAGGCUCUUUUUGUAUCGCAACCUUUUGUCGGGAACCAUUCCCAGCGAAGUUGAAACCUUGACAUCAUUGGUUGGAUUCCAACUCCAAUCCAAUCGUUUGACUGGAACCAUUCCUGAAGGAUUGUACAACAGUGCCGCCAUGGGAGAAAUCCGUGUAGACCGAAACAGUUUGUCUGGAACAAUUUCCAACGAACUCGGAAACUUGGUCCAACUCUCUGAUCUUCGAUUCAACAACAACUUGAUGUCUGGAAGUCUGCCACCAUCUCUUUCUGGCCUCACUGAUUUGCGUAUUUUGCGUGUCAAUGACAAUGCCUUUACCGGUACUAUUCGUGACAGCUUUGAUGGAUGGUUCUCUUUGGACUUUGCUGACUUGAAAAACAAUCAACUCUCGGGAUCGCUUCCAGGAUCCAUCUUUGAAAUUCCUACUCUUCGCAUCUUUUACGCUCAAAAUAACCAAUUCGACUCUAACAUUCCACCAAGCUGGGGCAACUCUCCCGUCUUGAGAGAUUUGUAUCUCAGUGGAAACGAAUUGACUGGUACUGUUCCCGCUGUCGAAGUUGGCCAAUUGGGAGCCUUGACGGAAUUGAUUUUGCAAGACAAUCAAUUGACUGGAACUGUUCCACCAUCUGUCUGUCAAUUGCGAGAGGAAGGCAGCGGAGCUCUUGUCAGUCUGUGGACUGAUUGUGCCCCAGAGGCCAGCCCAAGAAUCGAGUGCGACAGCUCUUGCUGCAACUUGUGCUUUCCCAACAGCACAUCGCCAGUCCUCGAAUCUGAGAACCCUCUUGCAUAA